CGGAGCUUGAACCGGAAGACACUGGCUGGGGUGGAGGAGUCCAGUGACUGCUAUUGAACAGCCAAAAGUUCAGUAUGAAAUUGUACUGCCUGUCAGGACACCCAACCCUGCCCUGCAAUGUGCUCAAAUUCAAGUCCACUACUAUCAUGCUGGACUGCGGAUUGGACAUGACAUCUACCCUCAACUUCCUGCCCUUGCCACUGGUCCAGAGUCCCCGGCUCUCAAACCUUCCCGGCUGGUCCCUGAAGGAAGGAAACGCUUUUUUGGAGAAGGAGCUAAAGGAGUGCUCAGGUCAUGUCUUCGUGGAUUCAGUGCCUGAAUUCUGCUUACCAGAGACCGAGCUCAUCGACUUGUCUACAGUGGACGUGAUCCUGAUCUCCAACUACCACUGCAUGAUGGCUCUGCCCUUCAUCACGGAGCACACAGGCUUUGCUGGCACCGUGUAUGCCACCGAGCCCACAGUGCAGAUCGGCAGGCUGCUCAUGGAAGAGCUGGUGCACUUCAUCGAGCGGGUACCCAAGGCCCAGUCAGCCUCACUGUGGAAGGACAAGGACAUUCAACGGCUGCUACCCUCUCCACUCAAGGAUGCAGUGGAGGUCACCACCUGGAGAAGGUGCUACACGAUGCAGGAAGUAAACGCCGCCCUGAGUAAGAUCCAACUGGUCGGAUACUCCCAGAAAAUCGAGCUGUUCGGGGCUGUGCUGGUGACGCCCCUGAGCUCAGGCUACGCCCUGGGAAGCUCCAACUGGACCAUCCAGUCCCACUACGAGAAAGUGUCCUACGUGUCUGGGUCCUCCCUACUGACCACGCACCCACAGCCCAUGGAUCAAGCAUCCCUCAAGAACAGCGAUGUGUUGGUACUCACGGGCCUCACCCAGAUCCCCACGGCGAACCCCGAUGGCAUGGUGGGCGAGUUCUGCAGCAACCUGGCACUCACAGUGCGGAACGGAGGCAACGUGCUGGUGCCCUGCUACCCCUCGGGUGUCAUCUAUGACCUUCUUGAGUGCCUGUACCAGUACAUCGACUCGGCCGGCCUCUCCAGCGUCCCCUUCUACUUCAUCUCCCCUGUGGCCAACAGUUCCCUGGAGUUCUCCCAGAUUUUCGCCGAAUGGCUUUGUCACAACAAGCAGAGUAAAGUGUAUCUCCCAGAGCCACCGUUCCCGCACGCAGAGCUGGUCCAGACCCACAAGCUGAAGCACUACCCAAGCAUCCAUGGCGGCUUCAGCAGCGACUUCCGGCAGCCCUGCGUGGUCUUCACAGGACACCCGUCCCUGCGCUUCGGGGACGUGGUGCACUUCAUGGAGCUCUGGGGCCGCUCCAGCCUCAAUACCGUCAUCUUCACCGAGCCCGACUUCUCCUACCUGGAAGCCUUGGCCCCCUACCAGCCUUUGGCCAUGAAAUGCAUAUACUGUCCCAUCGACACCCGCCUCAACUUCAUCCAGGUAUCCAAGCUGCUCAAAGAAGUGCAGCCCCUGCACGUGGUGUGCCCUGAGCAGUACACGCAGCCGCCACCUACCCAGUGCCACCGCAUGGACCUGAUGAUCGACUGCCAGCCACCACCCAUGUCCUACCGGCGUGCUGAGGUCCUGGCACUGCCCUUCAAGCGCCGCUACGAGAAAAUUGAAAUCCUGCCUGAGCUGGCAGAUUCCCUGGUGCCCAUGGAGGUGAAGCCGGGCAUCUCGCUGGCCACCGUCUCGGCUGUGCUGCAUACCAAGGACAACAAACAUGUUCUGCAGCCACCACCCAGGCCAGCCCCACCCCCAGGGGGCAAGAAGAGGAAGCGGGCAUGUGAGGACACCCCUGAAAGCAAGGGGGUGCGGCCCCUGCUGAACGGCUCUAUCCCUGUGGAGCAGUUUGUACAGACCCUGGAGAAGCACGGCUUCAGCGACGUCAAGGUGGAGGACACAGCCAAGGGCCACAUCGUGCUGCUGCAGGAGGCCGAGACACUCAUCCAGAUCGAGGAGGACUCGACCCACAUCAUCUGCGAUCACGAUGAGGUGCUCCGAGUACGGCUGCGUGACCUGGUGCUCAAGUUCUUGCAGAAGUUCUGAGCCCCCAACUCACCUUGUUCAUUCCCCAACACACCCCACCCACCUCUUGGCCUGCUCUGGACUCAGCGGUGUUCCCUGAGAUUACAAUUAGGGGCCGUUGACAGGCCGGUGUGUGACUGGUAGCUCCUUUGCUAGCCCAGAUCCCAGCUCUGGUUUCACAGCCC